AAUUGGCCGGAGAGACGGAUUUGACUGGUGGCGCACAACCCCGACAGGGCGGUCCCACCACAAUCAUCACCUCUCCACCGCCACACCAAGCCCCCUCACCCUCUGUUCGAAAACGCUCUGUCCUCCCAUAUUUCUCUUUCUCUCUAAAACCCUACCCACCAAACAAGGCCAAACACCCGUUUCCACUGUCAUCAUUGUGCACGCAUUCGCUGCCUCUUUUUGUUCCUUCUUUCCUGUCUCUUGCUUCAAUUUAAGCGAAACCCUUCCUUUAAAGCACCUCUUAUCUCUCCUUCUCUCCCGCGAUCAUCUUCCUCUCAACACCCUUUACGGUUUGUUUGGGUCUGGGCUUCAGGAAUUUCUAUGGAGGGUGUUUUGGGUGCUGCAGGCGGCGGCCGCGCGUCGUCGGGAGGGUCUUCGGGUGGGUCGGUGUCGACGGUGUCGAAGGAGGAGAUGGUGGAGCAGGACAACCCUGUGAUGUCCACUGAAGUUUCUUCGUACCCGGAUGCGGAGGAUGACUCCGAGCUUGACUUGGGUCUGGGCUUGAGCCUUGGGGGAGGUGGUGGUGGUGGCAGGUGGGCUCAACAACCGAAAAUCUUUAUAGUGAAGGAUUUCCGUCAGUCGCCGUCUUCUUCAUCUUCUUCUUCGUCAUUGAACAGAGCUAAUCUUUCUGUUGGCACCAAAAGACCUGCUGAUUCUGUUGCUACUGCUAAUGGCAUAAGUCAAGUUGUGGGAUGGCCUCCUAUAAGAUCAUAUAGAAUGAACAGCUUGUGUAACCAAGCAAAAUCAUCAGGUCCUGAAGAACUGAGCCCAGUCAUUUGUAAGGGUAAAUGCGAUAAUGCAAUGGUGGAGAAGACGUUCAAUGGAAGUGAAAAAAGCAAUGGCAAAGCUAAAGAGAAUAGGCAUCUCAGAACUUCCCUGUUUGUGAAGGUGAAGAUGGAUGGAAUCCCUAUUGGAAGGAAGGUCGAUCUGAGUUCUCAUUCAUGCUAUGAGACCUUAGCGCAAACACUGGAACACAUGUUCCAUCCACCUUCUACGACCAUCAAUGCAAUGGGAUCAAGUGGAGAGGAGGAUGGCGUAAUAUUAGAAGCAUCAAGGCCUCCAAAACUGCUGGAUGGAUCAUAUGAAUUUGUGCUGACUUAUGAAGACAAAGAUGGAGACUGGAUGCUUGUUGGAGAUGUUCCAUGGGGGAUGUUUGUUAGCUCCGUGAAGAAGCUUAGAAUCAUGAGAACAUCUGAGGCUAAUGGACUUGCUCCAAGGUUCCAAGAAAGGAAUGAAAGACAGCGAAGCAGGUUUGCGUAACUUCCAUUGUGGCUCAAAAAAGUAAGAUAUGAAGGACAUACGAUACUGAAUAGUAGUAAUGUUUUGAUGAGUAUCGACCGAGGCUCCUCCUGUUUUGCUUUUGGUUGCUUCCCAUUGUAUCCAUGACCCCACCCCCACCGCAAAAGAAAAAACCACACAACAGACAUGUGUUUCAUUUUGUUCUCUAGGGUUUUUAGCCCUUGUGGAGGAUGUAAUGCCUAGUAAGUUUUCUUUUUAAAACACACAUGAAUAGUUCUUCGAAUGGUGCUUGCUUUCUGAUGAUGUAAAUAUGGGGAGUUCUUUGUGGCUUGUUUUGAACCCCAAAAUGGACUCCUGUUUUCUUUGUUAAUGGAAAGAAAGGCUUUCUGCUGUGAAA